CUCACCUUGCCAUUAGUUACAGGUAUCCGAGAGUCUCAUAGGCGAGAAACGCUGCAGAGUACGCACGAGCGGGGAGGAAUUAUCGGAAUGUCUGGCGGACAUUAGUCAUGUGCCUUGGCACCGAGACGGUGCCACUUCAGUGUACGUUUCUGUGGCGUUGUUUCGCUAGGAGGAACUUGGGGCGAGCAGGUAGUAGUGCUGCUUUUAGCUGUCACAUUUGUUUUGUUUUCGUUGACCCCCCGGUUCAAUAACUAACAACCAUGGAUAAUCGGAAAGAGGACAGAGUGAAAAAACAACCUAUCAAAUCCACAAAGCGCAAAGAAAAGAAACACAAAUCUGGGAAGCUUUUCAGAAGGAAAUCAUUGAAAUCGGUGGGGAAUUUUAUGAGCAGGGUUUUGAAAACUUUAGGCACUUUGGCUCACCUCGGUGAAAUAGACCCGCCAGAUGCAGAGGACGAUGACGGUGGGUUCCGAGACAAUACACCUUGCACGUUAAGUGCCAACUCAGGAAAUCUCAAAGAGGAAAGCCAGGUUGUUAGUGAGAACACGGUGAAAAAGAGCUUGACACUGUCUUCUCAUGGAUCAAUAAAAGAAAGACUGUCUUGGUGCUAUGGGGACAAAACUCCAGGGGUUCAGGGUUUGAAAAAUCAUGGCAACACCUGUUUCAUGAACGCCGUGGUUCAGUGCCUGAGCAACACGGACCUUCUCGCCGAGUACCUCGGUUUGGAACAAUACAAAUUGGAUUUGAGCCAGAGGAGAGUAAACGGGAUUGUAAAAAGCGAAGACCUUCAGCAGGUCAGAGGUGAAGUGACCGAUCAGUUGGCAUCAUUGGUAAGGGCGCUUUGGACACUUGAAUAUACGCCCCAACUCUCUGUGGAAUUCAAGAGCAUCGUGUCCAAGUACGGCUCCCAGUUCCGAGGGAAUUCCCAGCACGACGCCCUGGAGUUCCUGCUCUGGCUGCUGGACCGGAUGCACGAAGACGCCAGCUCCGCCCCGAACAGCAACAACCACGGGAAGGCGAAAGCCGCUGGAAAGGGUCCUGCCGGGGAGGAGGAGACCCCCAUCGUCAGCCCGACCAGCUCGCAGCAGCCGGGGACACGCCACAGCUUUGUGCAAGACCACUUCCAGGCACAGUACAGGUCCUCCCUGACCUGCCCUCACUGCCUUAAACAGAGCAACACCUUCGAUCCAUUCCUCUGCAUCUCCCUCCCCAUCCCUCUGCGACAGACCAGGCCCCUGUGCGUCACGCUGGUCUUCAGCACCAAGGGCCAGCGCUACCUGAGGGUGGGGCUGGCUGUGCCCCUGUUCGGCCCCACAGCCUGCCUGCGCUCCAUGGUGGCAGAGGAGGGCAAGAUCUCUCCAGACCAGGUGAUCCUGACGGAGAUCUACACCACAGGGUUCCAGCGGUCCUUCUCCGACGAGGACGACCUGACCAGCAUAGCGGAGAGCGAUGUCAUCUACGCCUUCCAGGCCCCUCCCCUCUACGGGAGAGGAGGCUCUACACGAAUCUCAGGGUACCAUCACAGCCUCCCGUCCUCCCCGUACUCCUCCGGGCCCGAAGGUCAAAGGUUACCUCCCUCGGGCACCUUGUCGUCAGAGUUCCUCAACCACAGCGGCUCGACGAAGAUCCUCCUCCUCAUCUGCAACACGGCGGGCACGGGGCAGCAGGCUGUCAGGUUCGGACCCCCCUUCCUCAUGCGCGAGGACCGGACCAUCUCCUGGGAGCAGCUGCAGCAAAGCAUCCUCAGCAAGCUGUACUACCUGAUGAUCAACGGGGCGCAGACGCAGAACUUGGGAACGCCAUUUAAGAUCCGUGUGGUGGGAGGAUCUGCUUCCAGCAGCUGCCUGAACCCUCAGGAUGGCCGGCCCCUCUACCACCCAGCGGUGGACAGAGCUCUGAAGUUCUGUGGCCCAGGGGGACCUCCUCAUGUCAAAUUCAUCAUUGAGUGGGAACACAAAGUCAAAGAAUGCUUGUUUGGAAACAUCCAGGAGGAGGUGGUGCAGGACGCGGAGAGUGUGAGGAUCCAGCAGCAGCAGCACCUGCAGCAGCACAGCUGCACUCUGGACGAGUGCUUCCAGCUCUAUACCAAAGAAGAACAGCUGGCCCCAGACGAUGCCUGGAAGUGCCCUCACUGUAAGGAGCUGCAGCAGGGCAUGGUGAAGAUGAGCUUGUGGACGCUGCCCGACAUCCUCAUCCUGCACCUCAAGCGCUUCCGGCAGGUGGGCGAGCGGAGGAACAAGCUCUCCACGCUGGUGCGCUUCCCGCUGGCCGGCCUGGACAUGGCGCCCCACGUGGUGAAGAGGAGCCAGAGCGUCCGCAGCCUGGGCCCCUGGCCCCCGUCCUGGAAGCAGCCCCACUCCCCCGACUCCUGCCCGCCACCCGACUUCCUGUACGACCUCUACGCCGUCUGCAACCACCACGGAGGCAUGCACGGAGGCCAUUACACAGCAUACUGCAGGAACUCUGUGGACGGGCAGUGGUAUGGGUACGAUGACAGUAGUGUGGAUCUGGUGCCUGAGGAGGAGAUCAGCACGCGGGGGGCCUACAUCCUCUUCUACCAGAGACGCAACACCAUCCCGCCUUGGUCUGCCAGCUGCUCAGUCAGAGGCUCCACCACUUCCUCCAUGUCGGACCACUGGCUGAUCCGCCUGACAGGCGACAGCAAGAGGGGCUCCAGGGCUUCCACCACCUGCCCCUCCUCUGUCCCUGACUCCCCCGAGUCCCCCGUCUUCCAUGAGGAGUCUCCCAAAGCAGAGAAAGGAGGGUUCGACACCAGACCAUUCGUCAGGGGCCUCCAGGGCCGGAGUGUGAGCAUGCGGACCCCCACCAAGACCAGGGAGGCCCUGAGCAAAGUGCUGCCCCUGCGCUGGUCCUUCGGCUCCAAGGACCGGCAGAAACCAGCCGCGCCCACGUCCGGGGAGCUGGUGGAGUACCUGGAGUCUGGCCGCCGGCCGCGCUGCACCAAGGACCCCAUCGCCACACUGAUGGCGGGGCCGGAGAAGGAGGCGCCCGAACCCCGCCGCAAGCCCUCCCUCAGCUCCCCGAGCAGCACCAGCCUCAGCUGCCUGGGCCGGGCGGACGGGGAGCCGCACGGCUCCGGCAGGGGCCCCGAGGGCCAGUACAGGCAGUCUGCCGACAGCUCCGGCACCCUGAGGCGCGGCAGCAGCAAGCAGAGGGACGACGGCAGCCUCAGCAGGAGGAGCUCCAAGAAGAGCAGCAAGCAGGAGCAGAGCUCCUCCGGGGACUCCCGUUCCCACAGGAGCUCCGGCACCGCCGCCCCUCCCGGCUCCGACUCCACGCUGAAGAGGGGCAAGGGCCACUCGGGACACGGGGACCGGCCGUCUCCGCCCGAGGAGAGCCGGGGGAAGAGAGGGGAGGAUCCCAAGGGCCACGACGGCCUCCUGUCCUUCCUGAAGCCCGGCUUCCUGAAGAAGGACUCGCAGAAGAAGCAGCGGGACGGUGAGUCUGGGGGGAGGCAGGGCGAUUCGGCGAAGAGGAGCUCAUCCAGGCUGUCGCUGUCCAACGGGCCGCUGAACGGGGCGCUGGAGGGCAAGGCCAACGGCGCCCCCCGGGGGUCAGGCAGCAGGGGCGGGCAGGAGCUGGCCAACGGCAGGGUGUCCCGCGGGGACAUCACCCGCUCCCAGAGCUCCUCCAGCAUCCCCAGCAGGCCCGACCUGACGCUGCGCCGCACCGCCUCCCUGCACCGGAACGGGCUCUCCGCCCCGCCGGCCCGCGGCCUCACCGCCGACAAGCCCUCCUACGGCACCCUGCAGAGGACACGCUACAGCACCACCUCCCUGGGCAGGAAGAGGACCGUGCCCGAGUCCAGCUUCUGAGGAGGCGCGUGGUGCCGCUCCCAAACAAAGCAAUACCCCCCCCCCCCCCCCCAGGGCGUGGCUGAUGGGGCUACUUCCUCAGAGGCUGGGGGCAGCUGCUGACACCAUUCCACGGGAACAGCAAACGUGGGCAUUAUGGGAAGGAGAGGGCCACUGGCAGCAUUGUGGGGA